GCACGCAUGCGCAUUGCCCUCUAAGCUUCCUUGCGCUGAUGCAAGAGUGAAUGCUGAUGUCGGGUUAACCUUGUGUUUGAAAUUAAAUUACACGAGACUCGCUUUUUGAUUAAGCCAUCAUGUCAGAAGACGAGAUUUUAUUCGACCCCACUACAUCCAAGAAAAAGAAGAAGAAGAAGAAGCCUUUCAUGCUGGAUGAGGAUGGUGAUGGACUUGGAGAGGAGGUUCAGCAGGCUGAACAGCGUGAGGUUGAGCCUGAAGCAGGAGAGGAACGAGAAAUGGAGCUAGAUGAAGAUGAGUUUAAGAAAAAGGAGCCUUCGGAUGAUUUGGACGAUCUGAAUUUCUUUAAUCAGAAGAAAAAGAAAAAGAAACCAAAGAAAGUGUUUGACAAUGACAUUGAAGAAGGCAUGAAGGAGCUGAAAAUCGAAGGAGAACAACAGGAGUUGAUGGAGGAAGAGGAUUUGGACCUGAUGCUACCAGCUAAGAAAAAGAAAGCUAAAAAAGUGGAAUUUAUUGAAGAAAGUGACACUGUUGAAAAAGAUGAUGUCACUGAGGAUGAUAAAAACACUGAUGGCAUCACAUUCAGCUCACUGUCGGGUCCAGCAUGGGCAGGUUCAGAGAGAGACUACACGUAUGAUGAGUUGUUAAGCCGAGUGUUUAACAUCAUGAGGGAGAAGAAUCCUGAUAUGGUGGCGGGUGAGAAGAGAAAGUUUGUGAUGAAGCCUCCUCAGGUGGUCCGAGUUGGGACCAAGAAAACAUCCUUCGUCAACUUUACUGACAUCUGCAAACUGUUGCAUCGACAGCCCAAGCAUCUUUUGGCCUUCCUGUUAGCCGAGUUAGGAACGAGCGGGUCGAUAGAUGGAAAUAACCAGCUUGUGAUCAAAGGACGUUUUCAACAGAAACAAAUAGAGAAUGUUUUGAGAAGAUAUAUAAAGGAAUAUGUGACAUGUCAUACUUGCCGCUCACCGGAUACAAUUCUUCAGAAGGACACGCGGCUCUACUUCCUGCAGUGUGAAACCUGUCACUCUCGUUGCUCUGUAGCAAGCAUCAAGACCGGUUUCCAGGCCGUCACUGGAAAAAGAGCCCAGCUUCGAGCCAAAGCCAACUAAUACAACCAUCAUGUUCUGGUCUCUUGCCCACACUAAUGCUCUGUCUCUGGCUGACAACCAGGCUCAAUCCAUCCUUGCUUCUGCCCUCUGAAGUGGGUGAACUGAUCCAGUGUGUGGAUCUCUGGAAUAAACUGUUUUAAAGUUUUGGAUGUAAUUUCUAUGAAUAUAAUUGAGUGUGAAUCUAGAGGGCUGUAGAAAACAGGCUGUCUUUGCUUUGCCUGUUUUGUUUAUCUACUCACCUCUAGAAAUAUCAUGCAUAGUUUUUUUCUGCAUUCAGCAUAUCAACACUAAAGCAGAUUUAGUUAAUUUACACUCGCAGAACAGUAUUUAUAUUUCAGAGAAAUAUGCAAGGAUAUUAUUGGAUGGAAAAGUACAGGUCUUUGAAGAUGUGAUUUAUAUAUUCUCCUUUGUACUUAUGGAAAGUAAGCUUGUUAUAUAUGACUUGUCUGUUAUCAAAGACAGAGUGAAUGUCAAAAACUCAAAAUUUUAGCUGGUGCAUUUAUACACAUGGAGAAUGUUCAGAGAUUUUGUUUUGAGAGUUCAACAGAAGGGUGAAUCUCCUGAGCACUAGAAAAUAAGUUUUUGUUUAGUUAAACAGAUUGUGUUGUUUUCUUUAUUAUAACAUUGAUUGGUCGGGCAUGUUUUACAGUUCCUAGAUUGCAGUAAAAGUAAUGGCUUUUGGUUGACAUUUGAAAGAUUUUUAAAAUAAAAAUAAUAAGGAAGAA